CCUGGAGAACGUUGCCACUCGUGUCAGGCCGUUGGAGUCUCUUGCUUAGAUGUGGGCUCCUUGGACUGUAAUUUUGCCCUUGGGCACUAAGAGUGCUGUUCUGACCCAGCGACUGCUGGGGGGUUUGUUAUUGUGCCCUUCUCCAGUCCGCCCUCUGCCCGCCCUGUUGGUGUUAUGUGCCAUGUUUGCUUGGUGUUGUUUUUUUUUCUGCCUUUUGGUCUCUGCCAGAUAGUUUGUUCAAGCACCCAGGUUGUCAGCCUUCCAACGAUAUCUAGUAAGUCAAUGGUUUUUUGACUCGUGCCUGUAUUCUGACCGUGUUUUUGCCUUGUCCCUGCCUGUACCUUUGCUAGACUUUGUGAUUACUGUUUUUUGACGAUUGCCUGCUUGACUCACGUUUUCGCAUGUAUGUGUUCAACUGGUAAGAUCCAGCCAAGGCGUAAAGGUUCAGAGGUUGUUUUACUAUAGAACUUUGAUCCAUCUUUGUUUGUCGUGGUCAUUUUAACAGGAGAACAUGUUAAAACUGAGGUAAGGUAUCCAGACCUACUGUACUUCCUGUAAGCCCUGUUUCAACCAGAGCUACAUGAAUCAGUCAACUGGACUCAAACACUGUUUUCCUUGCACACAUUGUGAUGGUGGUUCAAGCAAAAAGUUUAGUUUUAGUUUUCAAAUUACCAGAUCUCUAUACACAACUAUUUUUAAUCACAAAAUUGAGAGAUCAUUUUUCACAUACAUUUUAGCAACAACACCUUGUUGCUGCACUGUAAUGUUUGUGUCUUCACAGGUUCUGGUCUGAAGACAAAGGCGUCGUGUUCAGCAACAUCAGACACAGUUUGUGAACCACUGGAGGGAUUUUACUGUGUGGAGUUUUCAGAUAAGGACUGUGAAGCAGCAAGGAAACACAGAAGCUGUGAACCAGGACAGUGUAUCAGCAAAGAAGUUUGGUUUAGCCAUUGUUCACUGGGCAGGACACAGUACGUUAAUGCAGAUAUUUGUUAAUGGUGCUGUUAUAAUACAUCUACUGAACCUGUUUUAACUGUGUCUGAUUAGGAAUAGCGUGCCUGGAGUCUGCAGGCUCAUGGUAAGACUCUAUGGUAUCCUCUGCUGCCCACGUGGGCACGUUUUCUACUUCCUACUGUUUUUGCAUCUUGUUGUUUCUUUUUUCCUGUUCGGGCCAUUGGCCAUCACUGUUUGAUAAAUGAAGCAGAUCUUACUCAGUGUCUCUAUAACUUUGCUUCCGCCAAACUGUAACAGAUUCUGUCCUUUCCACCGGAAACUAGAGGGAGUUGUGUUUCCAAUGACACUAAGCUCAAUAAUUCAGCUCUGACUCAUUUUCAUUUAUUAUGCACCAAACGAGCUUGGUUGACACCCACAAGUGUCAGAGACCAACACUGAUCCUCUGUCACUGGGCCGAUGUACAGACUUGUCUUUGUAGUGAUGGCUGCUCAAAAACAAGACAAUCAUUGUCACAAAACAGCACAAAAUAAAAAAGCCUAACAAGUGGACGGAUGGGGAUGCACGUUUGUACUGCAGAAAAGAGCAGCUGCCUGUCAUGAGACUUUUAAUUAAAAAAUGUGCCAGCUGUUAACGGAGAAAUCAGCUUUUUUGUCUGUUAACCAGUUUCUGUCUGUUUCCAGUUCCUUUUCCAGCUCAACUCCACCCAAACUGUCAACCUGCUCCUAACUAUGACUUCCAGCAGAAGAUACUGGACGGUUGCAUCUCUCCUGAUGUUGUUGACCAACGUCUUCAGUGGACACCCAUCAACAUGUCGACCAGAUGAGUAUCCGAUAGAAAACAGAUGCUGUCGUAUGUGUUCACCUGGAGAACACGUUAAAACUGACUGUAAGGUAUCCAGACCUACUUCCUGUAGGCCCUGUUCCAACCAGAGCUACAUGAAUCAGUCAACUGGACUCAAACACUGUUUUCCUUGCACACAUUGUGAUGAAGGUUCUGGUCUGAAGACAAAGGCGUCGUGUUCACCAACAUCAGACACAGUUUGUGAACCACUGGAGGGAUUUUACUGUGUGGAGUUUUCAGAUAAUGACUGUGAAGCAGCAAAGAAGUGCUCUGACUGCAGCACUGGAACCUUCUCAAAUGGAUCAUUUACUUCCUGUCGACCACACACACAAGGUAACACCGAAAAUCGUCAGUUGGUAAAAGCAGGAACAGCUUCCACUGAUGCCGAGUGUGAAGAACAUGCUGAUGCCAACGAAUCACAGCUGAAAUUAACCUUGAUCCUCGUCACCUCAGUGGCUGUUUUAAGUGCCUUAGCACUAUGUGCAGUCUGCGCUGUCAUAUGGACGAGAAAGCAACAAACACCGCAAUGUAAACUAAAAAAAUGAAACCAAUGGCUCGGCGCUGCAGCGAUUCAUUUUUGAUUCUCCUUUUUACUGUGACUUUACUGGGCAGCUACUCCAGUCUCCAUUAUAGGGACACGGGCCUCUGUGGGAAGGACUCUGCAGACCUUUAGUUCAGCUGGAUCCAAGAAGACACGCACAGCAGUGAACCUACGCUCCAGCAGAGGUUGUUGGAAGCCACAUUGUAAUGUCAUAAUAACUACAGAAUAACUGUCUUGAGAAGAGCUAUACGCUGUCUAAAAUAACAAGUACAGAAGGUUCAUACUUCACGGUCUAAUCUUUAUUUUUAGUAAUAAUGUAACGUAGUGUGGGUGGAAACCAGUCAGGUUAAAAGCACUCUGUUCACUGCUGGUUUGCCCAGUUUUGACAUAAUGGGCCAAAUUUUGCAAAACGUGUGUAAGCAAUAGGAAAAAACUGUAAAAUGGUGAUUUACAAUACCACACAGUCGAGCCCAAUCCAAACACAAUAACCAAAACGAAACCAAACAAAACCCCAAGCAGAGUAUACAAAAAGCAUUAGUGGCGUCUACAAAGAAAGUCACAAACGAAUACAACAAUUAAAACAAAACAAAAACGUCUUGCGCCCGUAUUACGCGCUUUACAGCAGAGCACAAAAGGCGCUCGCAGCUACUUCGUAUCUUCGUAACGAGACGUCCGAUUGGUUCUAUGGAAAACUAUCCAUCCAUGAAUCAGUUUUCUACCGCUUACUCCCAUGCGGGGUCGCGGGUGGUGCUGGAGCCUAUCCCAUCUGUGUUUGGACCAGAGGCAGGGUACACCCUGGACCGGUCAUUAGUGUAUCGCAGGGCAACACACACACAGGCCACGCGAACACGGGUAAAGCAUGCAAACCCCUAUGGAAAACUAGAAAGAGGAAAAUUGCAUACAUACAGGAUGAGAGAGUAAAGUCUAGAGAGUAUACAGGGUAAAGCUCUCGCCUAAUACAGAUCUGUGUAAUUUUACUGUGUAUUUCACUAUUUAUUUGUUUAAAUUGGAAUCCAAUGCUAAAAAACAGUAUUACUGUAGUUUGGUUUUGAGAACAAUGACUUUGAUCCAUAAGGCCAGACUCACACGGGUAUGUCCUUGUACUAGAGGUAGUACUAGUAUAACCUCACAAAGAUCUGAGUACUUUUACUGUAUACUGUAUAUUGGGAUUUAGUAGUACCUAAAAAUGUCAUGUACUGUAGUACUGUGAUACAGUAAAUUUGAUGGUGAAUAACUUGAUUUUGGUACAUAAUGCCAGACCCAGACCAUGUUCUACUUGUUCUACUAGAAGUGCACUAUCACUCCACAAAGAUCUGUGUAUUUUUACUGUAUUCUUUAGGAUUUACUAGUGUACCAUGUCGUAAUGUAAUACAGUCGACUUUGAUGUUGAAUAACUUGACUUAGGUGUAUAAUAUGCUAUGUGCAUAAUGUACUGUCACCUUUUCAUAUAAAGAACUGUGAAUAAGACUAAGCAGGAAUACAGACAUUAAACCCUUUUAUUAACAUACUGUAAGAUUCAAAGUGAACAUUUUCGAAAAUCUUCGGAGCAAUAACAAAUAUUACUGAAUAUGUUAAAUGUUUUAUAGAAAGUCAUGGAACAAGUCAAAAAUCAUGACAAUUUUUCUGUUAAACAUGUAAACACAUGCCAAUAUAUUUAUGCCAAUAAAAACAAACAGUAAGUCAAA